ACAUUUUUGAGACAGAAGUAAUGCUUUAAAGCGGGAAAAUAGUACAUUAUAUAUAUAUUGAAGUUUAUUGUACAGUUGUAAACGCAGGAUGAAGGUUAUUUUUUAUUUGAACUAUAUCUAUUUUAAAAAUUAUAAUCUGAAAAUAUAAGUAUCAUUUUAAUAUUUUGUACAUACGUUCAGCGUUACAAUAAUAACUGAAUUAUUUUAUUGACUCGCGUUUUUAAAGGCUAUUAUCAUGAAACCUGGUACAAAGGUUUCUGCCGCCAAAACUGUUACUCCUGAGGAUAAGGUCAGAAAGUCUUUGCACGUUUUGCAGCCAGCAGCAACUGAUAAAGAAAAUUUAGUUGGUGGUGGAAGGAGGAUGCUUAGAUCUGCUCUUCCAGCAAAGGAAACAAUAAAAAAUGAAGUGAAAGAAAAACCAAAAAUUGAUGAAAAGCCAAAACGUAAAAAAAUAGUUUUAAAAGAUAAAGCUGUACAAACUGCAAGAGGAGGAAAAAUAAAAAUUGAAGUUGAAGAUUUAACAUCUGAAGCUGGUCCUAGUGAAAAUUAUUGGGAAGUAUUAGCUGAAAGACGACGGAUAGCGCUUGAAGAUGCUUUAGAAGAUAACAAAGAAUUGACUGAACGUGUUGAAACAUUAGAAGAAGAAAAUCGUAUUUAUAAAGAAAUGUUAGAUGAAUCUAGAGCACUGGUUGAAGUUUUACAGGAAAUGAUUGGAGAAGAUAGAAAUGAUAUAAAUAAUUCCCUAGAAGAUACGAUUUAAUUUAAUAUUAUGCAAUCAAAUACUAAUUAGUGCCUUAACAUCUUGAUUCUUUAAAUAUUAAAUGUUUUUUGAUUUGAGGCCAAAUAUAAUGGAUAAUAUAUAGAUUUAUUAAUAAUAAAUAUUAAUAGAUUGCAUAAUCUGAAUUAAAAUUCAAAUAAAGCUUUUAUAAGCUAGAAAUGUAAGAUUUUUUUUUAUAUAGUUAUUUCUUUUUAAUUGUUCAUGAUUAUUUGUAUGUAUGUACUGAAUUAAUUAAGACUAUGACUGCGAAUAUAGUUGUAUUUACUCAGAAUAGUAUCUAAUAUAAUAUAAAUAUAUUUUUGAUUAUAAUUAAUAAACUGGUUUUUUAAUAUUCUUUAUUUUUUUUUGUACCUUCUAAUUA